AUGGACCCACUGCAGGACACGGCUGAGCCCCUCAGCCAGGCUAGCGGCUAUCCAUGUCCUCGCUGCCCUGAUCAGUGGGUGGCCUACAGAGGGAGCUGCUACUCUUUCUCCAAGCAGAAGAAGGACUGGCAUUCCAGCCGGCUGUCCUGCGGGGCACAGGGAGCUCAUCUCCUAGUGAUCAGUGAUACCAGCGAAAUGGACUUCUUCCAGAUGAUGCACACCAAAUCCUACUGGAUUGGUUUGCAGAAUAACACUGGUUAUGACUGGGUCUGGGAAGAUGGCUCAAAACUAAACGGCAAAAAUGUCCUGUUCAACAGCCCCGUGCAGAACUGUGCUGUUCUGCUGGAUGGUGCCAUUCAUGCUUCCAGCUGUGAAAUCCUUGCUCCAUGGAUCUGUGAGAAAUCUCUUCAGUGACCUCAGUGGAUCUUGUGUGAAGAAGUGUCCUUUGGAGAGUUGUACUAAGGCUUGGUCCCCGUGAAGGUGUCUCAGGAAGCUUCUUAGAGAGAAGCUGUGCUCCUUGCUACUGUCUGUAAAUGGAAAGAACCGCAGCAU